AUUAAUGGUCAUUCCUGCAGUUUUAGAUAUUUUACAAUUAUUAGCUUUGUGCUUGCCUAAUACUGUGUUACUGCUUUUCAAAGAGCCCGCAGAGUGAAAAACCUCAUGCAUUUCGCUAAUUUGAUACAGCGAAGAUGCAAUUUAGGUUGUACUCUGCAUUUGCUUAACUGCUCAUACGCUUCCAUGCAAUGCCAUAUGCUGAGUAUAUAUACCCGCCAUGGGCUCGUCCCAAAGCCAUAGCUCUAGGGUUGAAACCAGCAAAGCCAACAGCACCGCACAGUGUAGUAGUUGCACCUAGGCGUCCGCGCGUCGUCGUCCUAGCUAUGGAUCCAUAUCACUACCAGACUAUGUAUGACCCACGCGGCUUCCCCAUCAUCCACCCGCAGCCGCCGUACCUCCACCACCCGGUGGCGGUGGCCGGCGCCCUCAGCGACAGCAGGGUGCGCGGCGGCGGCGGAGGCGGUGGCGUGCGGCGGCGUCCUGGUGCCAAGCUCUCCACGGACCCGCAGAGCGUGGCGGCGCGCGAGCGGCGGCACCGCAUCAGCGACCGCUUCCGCGUGCUGCGCAGCCUCGUCCCCGGCGGCAGCAAGAUGGACACGGUGUCCAUGCUCGAGCAGGCCAUCCAUUACGUCAAGUUUCUGAAGGCGCAGAUCAGCCUGCACCAGGCCGCGCUGAUGCAGCACGAGGAAGGGUGCCAUGCUGAGCUAGCCGCCGCCUACUCCGCGGCGGCGGCGGCGGUGGCUGGUGACGACGAGGUGACGCUCGCGUCCCACGGUCGUACCGGCGCAUGCGAUGAGGUGAUGCAGCUCCAGCUUCAGGUGCCGGGGGAGGAAGCUUUGAGUUAUGGUGUUGUUGCUGCCCAUCAGCCGUACGGGCUCGAUCCCAGGCAUCAGCUGAGUGGUGGGCACGAGCUGCCUCCGUUGCCUGCUUCUUGCAUCUUCGUCGAGGAGCCUGCAGACGCAUGCUACUCUGUGUGUGACCUCGACGACGGGGAGACUGGUCUGCCCGCCGGCUCUUACUAGUAUAGUAGUAGUGGUAGUUUCUUAAGGUAGCACUAGCAUCCCGUGUGUGUCGUCCGUGUCUGCUAGAUGGACGCUAGCUAGUACGUCAAAUUAGCAAAGUUUAGCUAGUACUCGAUCAUCAAUUGCCUGCCAGUCGUUUAGUUUGCUUAGAGUUAGAGUAUAUGAUGAUGCAUCUGCUUGGACUCAGCUGUACUUCUGUGUUACUCCGCUAGUACUGCGAAUUGUUUGCUUAUAUAUGUAUCACUCUCUCCGUCUAAAAAAGUAAUAAUUCUA